AUGCCUGGAGCAGCUACUGCCGCCGCUGUUGCUGACAGCAGCCGGUGCACGCUGCGCGCAGAAGGCCCUGCUGCGAUCCUCGCCAUCGGCACGGCAAACCCGGCAAAAGUGGUGCCUCAGGAUGAGUUUGCCGACUACUACUUUGGCCUGACCAAGAGCGACCACCUUACGGAGCUCAAGGACAAGAUGAAGAGGAUAUGUCAAAAAUCCGGCAUAGAUAAGCGCUAUAUCCACCUUGAUGGUGACCUCAUCCAUGCCAACCCAGAGAUCAUUGACAAAUACCAGCCCUCCCUUGAGGCUCGUGUUAACAUCGUUGCUAUCGAGGUCCCAAAGCUCGCUGAAUUAGCUACACGGAAGGCUAUAACCGAGUGGGGUCGUCCAGCUACAGACAUCACUCACCUCAUCUUUAGCACCUACUCUGGAUGUCGUGCCCCGAGUGCUGACCUCCAGCUAGCGUCCCUCCUUGGCCUUCGCCCUUCUGUCUCCCGCACCAUCCUCAGCCUUCAUGGAUGCUCUGGUGGUGGCAGGGCACUCCAACUGGCCAAGGAGAUUGCUGAGAAUAAUCAUGGUGCACGUGUUCUCGUAGCCAUGUCAGAGUUGACUCUGAUAUGUUUCUCAACCCCUGACGAAAGCAAACUCGUCGGCCAUGGUAUAUUCGGGGAUGGCGCGGGUGCACUCAUUGUUGGUGCUGGCCCCUUGAUAGAUGAGCGUCCUCUAGUCGAGAUGGUAUUUGCUACACAGACUACGAUACCAGGAACCGACCAUGUCCUCGGCAUGCAGGCCAAGAGCAGCGGUGUUGAUUUUCAUCUCUCCAUCCAAGUGCCAAAACUAAUAAAGGAAAACAUCCAUCAAAGCUUGCUCAACGUAUUCCAAUCCGUUGGAAACAAGGAUCCUAACUGGAAUGACUUCUUUUGGGCAGUGCACCCUGGAGGUCGUGCUAUCCUCGACAACAUAGAGGGUGAGCUCCAGUUGCAGCCAUGGAAGCUUGCGGCAAGCCGCCAUGUGUUGAGCGAGUAUGGGAACAUGAGUGGAGCAACAGUUGCAUUUGUUCUUGACGAACUACGCCGUCGUUGGGAGAAGGAAGAAGAGAAGCAACAACUUGAGUGGGGUGUUAUGCUAGCUUUCGGACCAGGAAUCACAAUUGAGACAAUGGUGUUGCGUAACCCACUAUUUCAUGGCACGAAGGAAAACUAG